UAUUCCUACUGUGUCUUCUGCACCUCAAAUAAUAUUCUUGCACUGAUGUAGUUUCUCUGAGACAUUUAGCUUAUCAAUAUCAAUAUUAUCGUCUGACUCUGGAAGAAAUCAGAAACAGUAGUUUGACAUUCAGCAUCUUGAUCAAAAAGCUGCUUAUCAGUUGUUCUUUGUGUUGUUAUCUUCCAGCCGAUGCACUGUGUCCUUUACUCAUGUUAAUAUGCAUCCCGACCUUCACUGCUCCCACAUACAUCACUGUUCAUCUUAUAGACUCAGUUUUCACAAAUCACUGUUUUCAAAAGUUCAUCUGCUGCAUAUUGAUGAGCCCGCACCUUGUUUAACGGCUCGUCAUUUUCUCACAGGGACAAAAUCCAGAGUGAAGGGACACACGCUAUAGAGACAUGCUAUUAUUAUGAUAAUGCUGAACUUUACUGGCUUCCCCUCUGCGAGGAGAAGGAAGAGGGGAAAUGGUGUAGAAGUAUGACUGAAUGGGCACUUGUUACAUGACAGGACCGGGAAAUUAACAACAUAAAAUUUAUCCAAAGCACAGGGGAGGCUAGAGGAGCUGUCAGAUUCACAUUAACAGCAUUUUUAAACAGGAAAGCAGCUAAAUACAGAAAAAGAACGAAGAACUGACAUUUUCUUUAUCUCACCUUCUCUCUCUCCAUCAUUUUAUCUCUUUCUCCCACACAGGUUUCUCCCAAUAAGCCAAAAAGACAUGCCCUCCAGCCCUGGAUACAUGAUUAUGACUGGCCCUCUCAAAUUUCCUUCCCCUUUCUCCUCAGCUGUGCUGCACUUCAACAUCUCAUUUAGCUUGUAUACUAAACCCUUGUGGCUCCUUUUGUGUUUGGAUCUGGGUUCAGUUUUCUGCCGCUGUCAAGGUAAAUGAUGCACGAUAACGUCCUGGGUAAAUGAAGAUGAAACUUCAGAUGGGAGAUUAGCCGUGCCCGUUCAUUUGUUUAAAUGAAGCCAGAAAAGUUGGAUUUGGCUCAACUUUUCCUACAACUUAACGCAACUUGUCGUCACCCAUUAAGCUUCUGUAUCGGCAAAUCAAAUACAUGCAAUCACACAGUCCUGGUAGGAAACUUUCUCAUGUGAACAGACUAUUUCUUUGCUUUGUUUUUGCAUCUGAGAAACCGAACUCGAGCUCAAACUGGACUUCCUGGAUUGUUUUUCAUGUCUCAUCGAUACCUGACUUCGCCCGCUAAUGGGGGCCUCUCGUAGGUGUAGGUCACCCAUAAAACCUCCUCCCUGUGGUUUUCUUUUCUUUCUGUGGCUCCUGUCGGUGAUUAUGACGGCACACGCUUGCCCUAAGAUCUGUCACUGCACAGACAGGAACGGCAUGGUGGUGCAGUGCACCUCGCGCAACUUGGAGACCGUCCCGUUGAACUUGCCCAAGGACACCGUCGUCCUCUUGCUUUCAUCUAACCGCAUCAGACACAUACCGAGGGAGGCAUUCACAGACCUCCACCGCCUCAGGGAGCUGGACUUAUCUCACAACGCUAUCGAGAUGGUGGAGGAUGGCGCCUUUCAGGGGAUUUCUGAGGCCCUGCGGACACUGGAUCUGUCAAACAACCACCUCAGCAGCCUCCCGAAGGAUACAUUUGCCAAGCUCCACGCUCGCGUCCGUCUGUCCCACAAUCCCUGGCACUGUGAGUGCUCCCUGCAGGAGGUGCUGAGGGAGCUGAGGCUCGACCCAGAGACGGUGAACGAGGUCAGCUGCUACACAUCGGUGCAGGAGGAGUACGUGGGGCAACCGGUGAUCCAGGUCCUCGACUCGGGGAUCAACUUUUGCAACUUCCACCACAAGACGACAGAUGUGGCCAUGUUUGUGGCCAUGUUCUGCUGGUUCUCCAUGGUGACGGCUUAUAUCAUUUACUACAUCAAACACAACCAGGAGGACGCCAGGAGGCACAUGGAGUACCUCAAGUCGCUGCCCAGCACCUCCCACAUCAGCAAGGACUACGACACAGCCAGCAGUGUGUUUUAGUGCGUUUGAAAAGAAGCAACGAACAUGUUUACAGCAUAUGAGGAUAAGUGACAGCUCCGCAGCAAGUGAUAAAACUUUGCUGUGUGAUAUACACUGCAAGAGGCAUAAAGGCUUCAGGAGGAGGUUUAAACAAAGUCUUGAGUUCUGGCUUAAAAGUAGCAACAGAAUCUGUAAAACUUCCAGUUUUUUAAAAAGUGUGACCAGCAGGAAAACAGCUAAUAUUUAGAUGUUCCCUUUCAUGGAAACAAAAGGAGGCACAUCAUUAUUUUCCCAAGCAGCUGUUAGGUUUCAUGCAUAAAAGCAUCUCUAAGGUAAACUUCAAGAAGAAAAAAAAAACUAAAUAGUUUUGCAUACGUGGUUGAAGAGUUCACUGUGCAUUCAUUCACUGUUAGUGUCAAACAUAGUUCAGUGAAAUGAGAUACCUGGAAAAUAAUCCCCACAGCUUCAGAGGAGGAUACUUGAAGAGAAAUAUCACUGUUAAAAGUUGUUUUUGUGAGAGAGUUUCAUGAAAAAGUAAAUCCUGACUGGGGACGUUUUUUGUUUUUGUUUUUUGGUCAGAGUAGCAGAGAAGGAGGAAAAAUAUUUUAAUGUAUUAGCUGUUAAAUUCUGUGUCAAAACUAGCUUCUGUGUGUUAUAAUAAUCCAUAAAAGGAUCUAGACCAGUAGCAGUGGACCUUUCUAAACCUUUUCUGCUGCUGCUUCUUACAUUUAAGGUGGAAUUGCAAACACAAAUUAAAUUUUACACUUGAACACUUGUCACCUCACUUUAUGUUUUGCUUCAAAAAGGUAAUAACUUUGUCACCUUUGGGAGUAAUUGAUUCCUGUCAUAGAAAAACCUUCAUUAGAUGAGCUUGUUUCGGAUAUUGAACAAAUACUGUUGAGGUUUUUUUCCUUCUAAAUGAAGUUACAGGCUUUUAUAAAUUGCUCUCAUACAACAUCUCUGAAGCUUAAGGUAGUAGACAGUAGUUUGUGAACCUCCUAAAGCAGUUUAAAGCAUUGUGAAUACGAAACGGAUUUCAAAACAGAUAAAACAACUUUAAGGCUUAUUUUAUCAUCAACAGUUUGUGUACUCACGCGGUCC